AUGGAGUCCAGCCCGUCCCACCUGAGGGAGCUUGACCUGGAGGACAGGACCCCAUAUCAGCCCAGUGCUGGGGCCGAGCCCAAUUCCAGGACCAGGAUCCUGAGACGCGGACUGCAGAGCCCAAACUGUGAGCUCGAGGUUCUGAGACUCAGACUUGAAGGCCUCUCAGAGGCUGACUGUGAACUCUUUGCCUCGGCUCUGAGAUCCGCCCCCCCCUGUAUGAAGGAGCUGGAGUUGACAGACUGUGACCUUUCUGGUCCUGGAGUCCAGUUUGUGUGUUUCCCUCUGCAGAGUCCAGACCACCAGCUGGCGGCCCUGAGACUGAAGGAGAGUAAGGUCCCAGACCAGGUUUAUGAGGCCGUGGCCUCAGCCCUGAAGAGAAGCCCCUCCCACCUGAGGAGGCUGGAGCUGGUAUGGUGGGAUUCAGGGGACUUGGGGGACUCGGGGGCGUCCCUCCUGUCUGCUGGACUGCGGAGUCCCACCUGUGAGCUGCAGACUCUGAGCCUCUACGGGUGCAGCUUGUCAGGCAGCAGCUUCUCCCCUCUGGUCUCUGCUCUGGAGGCUAACCCCUCCCACCUGCUGGAUCUGAACCUGGGCUGGAACCCGCUGCAGGACUCAGGAGUGAUGGAGCUGUGCGGCUUCCUGCGGAGUCCCCGGCUGGAGAACUGCUCCCUGACGGCCGUCAGCUGUUCUCUGCUGGUCUCAGCUCUGAGGUCCGGCCCGGCCCGGCUGGAGAACCUGGACCUGAGCUGGAACGAGCUGAAAGACUCAGGAGUGAAAGAGCUGUGCAGCUUCCUGGAGGAUCCCAGCUGCAGGCUGCAGACUCUGGGGUCAGUUCCCGUCUGCCUGGUGACACCAGAACACACUGGAGAGGAAACCCCAGAACCCAGAACCCAGACCACUCUGGGUUCUGGCUUCUGGGCCGGCUCAGGCGGGCCAACAGCAGGAUUUACUCACAGUGCUGUUUCCAGGGCAGUUCUGAAGGUCCGCUUUGCCCAGCAGGCCGGUUCCUGA